AUGUAAGUGAAAUAAAUGAUUUUUAUAUUGAUUAUAUCUAAAGUUCAAUGUAAAAAAAACAUAACUUCUAUCAUAAAUUACACUACUGGAAUAAUUUAGUCUUAAGUGACUUCAUAAAAUUUAGUAGAUUCUGCUCCUUUUUAUACUCCCUUUAGGGAUAAUAUUUAUUUUAUCAUUUUAAUUGAUAAAAUAUUGUUUGAGAAAUUAAAUAUUGUAUGA